AUGCUGCGCUGGCUGCGGGGCCUCGUGCUGCCCGAGGUGGCCUGCCUGAGUGAGGAAGACCACUUCCGCUACCAGAUCCUCUUUGAAGAUCUGGACCGCAAUGGGGACGGCGUGGUGGACAUCGUGGAGCUCAGGGAAGGGUUGGACUACUGGAGCUCCUCGUUUGGCAUGAGCUCGGAGAAGGAAAUUCUUGAAGCUGCAGAUACCAAUGCUGACUCAAAACUGAACUUUGAAGAAUUUGUGCAGUACCUUCAAGACCAUGAGAUAAAAAUGAAAUUGGCAUUUCAUAGUUUGGACAGAAAUAACAACGGAUUAAUAGAAACUUCAGAAGUAGUUGAUGCUGUGAAGGCAUUGGGUAUAAAUAUUUCUGAAGCUCAGGCAAAAACCAUUGUGAAAAGCAUCGACAGUGAUGACACAAUGACAUUAGACUGGGAUGAAUGGAAAUACUACUUUUUACUUCAUCCUGCAACAAAUAUCAGUCAAAUUAUUCGUUUCUGGAAGCGUUCUACGAUGGUUGAUAUAGGAGAGAGUCUAUCUAUUCCAGAUGAAUUUACCGAGCAAGAAAAGCGGACUGGGAUUUGGUGGAAGCGUUUGGUGGCAGCAGGAAUAGCUAGUGCAGUGGCACGCACCUUCACGGCGCCCUUUGACCGCUUGAAAGUCAUGAUGCAGGUUCACAGUUUACAGACAAGGAGAAUGAGACUGACUAGUGUGUUUCAGCAGCUGGUAAAAGAAGGAGGGAUUAUUUCUCUUUGGAGAGGAAAUGGUGUGAAUAUUUUUAAAAUAGCACCAGAGACAGCAGUCAAAAUAGGGUCCUAUGAGCAGUAUAAGAAAUGGCUUAGUUUUGAUGAUGCUCAUGUAGGAAUUCUGGAAAGAUUUAUAGCUGGCUCAUUGGCUGGUGCAACUGCUCAGACCUGUAUUUACCCCAUGGAGGUUGUAAAGACCAGACUGACUGUAGGCAAAACUGGAGAAUAUUCUGGAGUUAUUGAUUGUUGCAAGAAACUUGUUAGAAAAGAAGGUGUCCAAACCUUUUUCAAAGGGUAUGUUCCUAGCAUGCUGGGCAUUGUACCUUAUGCAGGCUUAGAUCUUGCUGUUUAUGAGCUUUUGAAGAACUAUUGGCUAGAACAUUUUUCACAAAAGUCUGUAAACCCUGGAAUAAUGAUUUUGCUGGCCUGUAGUACGCUGUCUCACACUUGCGGCCAGUUAGCAAGCUUUCCUCUACACCUCCUUAGAACCCGCAUGCAGGCCGACGCUCUGGUUGACAAGGAAACAGUACCAAUGACUGAGCUCAUUCAGGAAAUAUAUAACAAAGAAGGAAAAAAGGGAUUUUUCAGGGGCUUCACCCCUAACAUCUUAAAGGUGAUUCCUGCAAUAGGCAUUGGCUGUGUCGCUCAUGAAACAGUGAAACCACUUUUGGGAAUAAUCUAG